GAGUGGUUAGAAGCUGGUGGGGUGGGUCUAACAUUCUCAGUUAGUGGCUUCCAUCUUUGGCCAAGGCAACUGCCGGAAAUGGCCUUACAUUUUAUUGUUCAGAAGUUUCUACUUACAUUUCAUCAUUCAGAAUGCAGUUAUGUAGCUAACCUAGCUAUAAAGGAAGCCAGAAAAUGCAGUCUCUGCCUGUGCAGCCAUAUGCUCAGCUAAAAUUGUUACUCUGGAAGAAAUUAUAGGAUUCAGAGCACAACUUGCAGUCUUCCAAUCUACUCCUCUGGCUGCCCAAAUAUCUUGGUGUUCCCUUCUUCCCAAACAUAGAAAACACCCACUCUCCAGGGGAGGUGACCCAAAAGACUCGUCUGGUAAUUGUGUAUUGUUCGAAGUCAAGGUCUCUGUGUGAUUCAUAGUCUUCUGCAUCAGGUCCAGUUGUGACUCCUGUGGCCCGUUGACCAUAAACUGAAAGACAAGUCAUCUGUUCUCCCUGUUUCCCCAGCCCAACCCACAGCCCAAUAGACAAUGGUCUGUAGGAUCACCACAGUGGGAGUUUGGAAAAGGGAAGAAUGAUAAGACACAGAAAAGUCACUGCUUCUUAGCAGUGAUCAAAUAACUGCUUUGCCACAACUUCAAAGACUCCCUGUUCUAACCAUGAGUGGUUAGUGGUUCUGCUUUCUUGGAAGAAUUCCCUUGUCUUUUGUCCCUGACUUCUGGAUUUGCUCUCCAGGAUGUUCUUCAUAAUCCAUUACCCUCUCUGGCCACAUCUGAAAUGGGAGUUAGAGCAUGUCAUCUUUGGGAGCUGUACAGGUUUUGUAAUUUGCUUCCUGUUGGUUUAUUUGUUUCAUUACAUCUGCCAAGACAGGAUUGUAUAUCUUUGUAUCACUAACGAUGAUUUUGAGCGUUCUCGAGCAUUUAAUUUUUUGAAUGAGAUAAAGAAGAGGUUCCAGACUACAUAUGGUUCAAGAGCACAGACAGCACUUCCAUAUGCCAUGAAUAGCGAGUUCUCAAGUGUCUUGGCUGCUCAGCUGAAGCAUCACUCCGAGAAUAAGGGCCUGGACAAAGUGAUGGAAACUCAAGCCCAAGUGGAUGAACUGAAAGGAAUCAUGGUCAGAAAUAUAGGAGAGAGAAACACCCUGGGAGAAAGAAGCAAGGAUACACGGGAGCUGAGAGAGAGGAGCGAAGACAGAAGCCCAAAGCCACUGAAACCAGAAGCUUACCUCAGGAAGGCCCAACAGACUCUGGCCAUAUGCCUUCCCAUGUGACAGAGGAACCCCAGACGCCAUUGGCCUUUCUUCAGAGAAGGUGUCAU